AUGACUUUCUCUUACAGACUUCUUUAGCGGAGCAGAACGCAAGCAAAGCGAUGGCGGCUGGGUCUGGGCUUCCCCUGCUGAAGCAAUGCCUGAUCAGGCGGAAUGCCAAGCAGGAGCAGCACGGCGUAGCAGCCUCCUGCCUUCGGGAGCUACGGAGCAAAGCCUGUAACCUCCUAGCAAUUGAUAAGGCUUCAGAGCCCAUAACCUUGGUGUUGGCUGAGGACGGCACCGUUGUGGAUGACGAGGACUAUUUUUUGUGUCUGCCGCCGAACACCAAGUUUGUGGCACUGGCGAAGGACGAGAAGUGGUCCAGCAGCAGUGUAGAUGGGGGCACAGCUUGGCUAGAGAGAGAAGUCACAGAUGUUGAUGGAGUGGAUGGUGGAGGAGAGAAAUGGAGGUACCUGUCUAGGCAACUGAAGGAUGACCUCUCCACCAUCAUCUUGAUGUCUGAGGAAGACCUCCAGAUUCUCAUUGACGUCCCAUGCUCAGACCUGGCUCGAGAACUUUCCGAGAACCAAUCCAAGAUCCAAACUCUGCAAAACACCCUCCAGCAGGUGCUAGACAGGCGUGAAGAGGAGCGCCAAUCCCAGCAGCUUCUGGAACUCUACCUGCAAGCGUUGAAGAAUGAGGACAUUGUACCCAAGGCAGAAGAAGAGCCAGUACCAGAGGAAACUGCUGUGGAAGGAACUGAUACGGUUGAUGUUGGGAGCAGUAGCAGAGGUGCUGGGACUGGGGUUCCCCUCAGCAGCCAUAUUCUGACCAUGCUCAAAGAGAAGUCUGCCCCAGAACUCAGCCUGGCCAGUCAAAACUUAGAGCUGGUUUACAAAGAAAACCCAGAAGCUCUUGCUCUGGCCCUGGGCUGGGAGAAGCCGAAGACUGAGGCCUUGCAGCAGGCCUGUGAGCAGGAGUUUUCAAGGCGUCUGCAACAGGUUCAGGCUCUGAACUCUUUAAGGAGCAUCUCAAAGGGCAAGAAAAAGUUGCCAUGGGGGGAGUGGUUGAGUUCCAAACGCAAGAAAUAGGAGGCCUGGGAGCCAAUGCUUGGACACAUCAAGGAGUCUACAGGGAGGUUUUGGUGCUGUGAUAAUGUGCCUCUGUGAACAAAGAACAGCAAAUGAGGACAGAAUUUAUAACCAAGAUGUCAUGCAAUGGAGCCUGCAGCAUGGGAUCCAGUUCUUUGUGCCUGAUCACCUCUUGCCAUACCUCAUGUUUUUCUAUGCUUUUGAGAUGUGACGUCUCCUGCUGGAACAGCACCCUCCUGUACAGCAUUUUAUUUGCCACAUUUCAUGCUGUCGUAGAAUACAGCCGGAUGUCCUGUAUUUCAGAAGGCACACCUGCAAAUUGGCCCCAACUGUUCACUCUCCUUCUCUUGCCUCAGUGCCUGUGCUGUUUUUAUGAGACUCUGUUGAUUUAUGAGGGUGACAUUAAAAAAAUUAAUCUGCAUUUUAGCUACGACUCCAUCACUGGGAAAUAGCAUCAUAGGGAUGGUCACCACUCAGUAUUAGCAAUAAACUCUACUGGUUAGGGUGUUUUUAUAAAAGAUUCAACCCUACAUUUGAAUGAUAUUAAAACUUUGUUAUUAUUAGAUGUGUUUCUGCCUGCUGUUGGAACUACUGGACUUUUAAGGUUAGGUGUGUCUGCCUUUGGGUACAAAUCUCAUCUGAUUAGUAUGUGGGUCAGCCCUGUACAAAGCAAUAAGAUAAUUUCUGAAACUGCUGUCCUGUUUUAAAUCACUGCAUAAUACAAUACUGUACAUGAUGUGUUAAUGAGGAAAUAUAGUUGUGAACAUAAAAAGCUGCCUUGUACAAA